CAUAAAACAGAACUCUUUUUUGUUUCCAUUCUUAAUUUUGUCUUACUUCAAAAGUAAAAUUAAAGUUGAACUGUCAAUUUCUUCGAUUCGUUUUGCCCCAAAAAUAUUUCUUUUGGAUCGUCUCCCUAUUACUCGUACUAUCUUCCCUUAAGUCUCGUCUCUUUCUUCCUCUUGUUUCUCUCUCUCUCUCUAAAACAGUAUAAUGAUGCAAUUCACUGAAUUCUCAAACCCAAUUUCUCUCCAUCAAACUACCAUCAUGAACAGAAUCAAACCAUGGCCUGGUUUUCCAACCCCAACUUCAUCAACCUUAUCUUCUUCAUCUUCUUUAAACAUUAACCAUAAUUUCACAGAUGCUAAUUGUAUGGAACAACUCUUAGUCCAUUGUGCUCAAGCUAUCGAAAACAACGACGCUACCCCUGCUCAACAAAUCCUUUGGGUACUCAACAACAUCGCCCCACCCGACGGCGACACCAAUCAACGCCUCACCUCCGCCUUCCUCCGCGCCCUCAUCCUCCGCGCCGCCCGUACCCCCGCCUGCAAAUUUCUCCUCAACUCCACCACCACCGCCACUCUAUCUAAUCAUGGUUUAAAUAUUCACAAAUUUUCUCUACUAGACUUAGCUAACUUCGUCCACUUAACCCCAUGGCACCAGUUUGGUUUCACAGCGGCUAACUCAGUCAUCCUCGAAGCCAUUGAGGGUCGCAGUAGGGUCCACAUUGUUGACCUGAGUGUGACUCACUGUAUGCAAAUCCCGACUCUUAUCGACUCCAUUGCUACUCGUUAUCAAGGGCGGAGACAACCACCACCUACGGUGACGCUAACGGUGGGGGCGUUUACCCAACAAGUGGGUCAAGUGACGACUCAAGUUCUUCCGCCUAUGUUUGAUAUUGUUUCUUAUGAUGAUUUAGCCGUUAAGCUCAUGAACUUCGCUCGUUCGAAAGGGGUGGCGCUUGAGUUCAAGGCCGUCCCCACCACCCCUUCCGACGGGUUCGCCUCCGUCCUUGACGAGGUCAGGCGGAGGCAACACCAAACGAGAUUCGUCUUUUCAAACCACCAUCAAGAAGAAUUAGAAGAAGAAGUUUUGAUUGUAAAUUGCCAGAUGGCUUUACAUUACUUAAACCAUACUGCGGCGGAGGUGGCGGCGGCGGUGGUGGUGGAGGAAUUGUCGAUGAGGUCGAUGUUUUUGAAGGCGUUGAGGAAUUUGAACCCGACGAUGGUGGUGGUGGUGGAGGAAGACGUUGAUUUUACGUCGAAGAAUUUAGUCGGAAGAGUGAAAUCUGCGCUUAAUUAUUUUUGGAUACCGUUUGAUACGGUGGAUACGUUCUUGACAAGGGAGAGUAAACAAAGGGAGUGGUAUGAGGCGGAUAUUUAUUGGAAGAUUGAGAAUGUGAUUUCUCAUGAAGGGGAUCAAAGGGUGGAGAGGCAGGAGCCGAGGACGCGGUGGGCGCGGCGGAUGGUGGAGGCGGAGUUUCAGGUUGUUGGGUUUACGGCGGGGGAGGCGGUGGCGGAGGUGAAGGCAAUGCUAGAGGAACAUGCUACAGGGUGGGGGUUGAAGAAGGAAGAGGAGGAUCUUGUGCUUACUUGGAAAGGUCAUAAUGUUGUUUUUGCUACUGCUUUUACACCUUCUUAUUGAAUUGUAUGGGGUAAACGUAAUCUAAUGAUGGAAUAUGAUUUAAUGUUUAAUUUAAUUAGCUAGGUUAAUUGGUCGGUCAUAUUCUUAAUUUUGCCAAAAUUGUUGUUGCAAACUUGCAACUAAUCCACUACUGAGUUUUUUUUUUUCACCAUGUCUUUCAAUUCAAUCUCAAUCUGCUUCUGUCAAUGAAAACAUGAUUGUUGUGAUUCGCCA